CCAGCCCGCGCGCGGGCUCGGCGGGCAUGCAGGCUGCUCGGUGAGCCCCGGCACCGAGGCCAUGUCCGGGGCGCGCUGCCGGACCCUGUACCCCUUCUCCGGGGAGCGGCACAGCCAGGGGCUGCGCUUCGCGGCCGGGGAGCUCAUCACGCUGCUGCAGGUCCCGGACGGCGGCUGGUGGGAAGGCGAGAAGGAGGACGGGCUCCGCGGCUGGUUCCCCGCCAGCUACGUGCAGUUGCUGGAGAAGCCUGGAAUGGUACCCCCUCCACCGGGAGAGGAGAGCCAGACCGUCAUCCUUCCACCUGGCUGGCAGAGCUACUUGUCUCCUCAGGGCCGACGUUACUAUGUCAACACGGCCACCAAUGAGACCACCUGGGAACGCCCCAGCACUUCUCCUGGGAUUUCAGCCAGCCCUGGCCCUCACAGGAGCUCUCUGCCUCCAACAGUGAAUGGAUACCACGCAUCAGGGACCCCAGCGCACCCUCCAGAGACUGCCCACAUGAGUCUCCGAAAACCCACCGGUGAUUCCCAGAACCUGGGCUCCUCAUCACCAGGCAAAAAGCACAGUAAGGAAAACACCAUCACUGUCAACUGUGUGACGUUCCCUCAUCCAGACACCAUGCCUGAACAGCAGCUGCUGAAGCCAACAGAGUGGAGCUAUUGUGACUACUUUUGGGCUGAUAAGAAGGACCCCCAAGGCAAUGGCACUGUGGCUGGAUUUGAACUGCUGCUCCAGAAGCAACUGAAAGGGAAACAGAUGCAGAAGGAGAUGUCAGAGUUCAUCCGGGAAAGGAUAAAGAUUGAAGAGGAAUAUGCAAAGAACUUGGCCAAACUCUCCCAGAACUCCCUGGCUGCACAGGAGGAAGGCUCCCUGGGAGAGGCCUGGGCCCAAGUAAAGAAGAGCCUUGCAGAUGAGGCUGAAGUUCACCUCAAGUUCUCUGCCAAGCUCCACAGCGAGGUGGAAAAGCCCCUGAUGAACUUCCGGGAGAACUUCAAGAAAGACUUGAAAAGGUGCGACCACCACAUCGCCGACCUCCGCAAACAGCUGGCCAGCCGCUACGCCUCCGUGGAGAAGGCCCGGAAAGCCCUCACAGAGAGACAGAGAGACCUGGAAAUGAAGACCCAGCAGCUGGAGAUCAAGCUGAGCAACAAGACAGAAGAGGACAUCAAGAAGGCGAGGAGGAAGUCCACACAGGCUGGAGACGACCUUAUGAGAUGUGUGGACCUCUACAACCAGGCUCAAUCCAAGUGGUUUGAAGAGAUGGUGACCACCACUUUGGAGCUGGAGCGGCUGGAGGUGGAGAGAGUGGAGAUGAUCCGGCAACAUCUCUGCCAGUACACACAGCUGCGGCACGAGACGGACAUGUUUAACCAAAGCACAGUCGAGCCUGUGGACCAACUGCUUCGAAAAGUGGACCCAGCCAAAGACAGGGAGCUGUGGGUCAGAGAGCACAAAACGGGCAACAUUCGCCCCGUGGACAUGGAGAUCUAGACCUGCCUGCGCAGCCCGGGGGAUCCUGCCUGGGAGAGAGGCUGGUGGGGCCCAUGGAGAAACGGUGGUGGCUCCUGCUGGGUGGAGCUGCCCCUUGUCUGUUCUCCAGGGUCCACUGAGGAGAAGGGAAAGAGCUGGUGAUUCCAGAAAAGCAACCUGGCCCAAUAGGGGUGUGGGGGAGGUGGCAGUAUAUUCCCAGGCCUUGAAGAUGGACCCACAGCCCUGCCCUUGUUUCCAAGACUAAGCCUCCCCAACUCCUGCCCUGUGCUUGUCAUUCUGAGAACAAACUAAGGCUGGAACUCUGUGGCCCCCAACUCAGCUCCACAGGGGUGGCUGUCCCAUGCUGGUGCUCCUGGAUGCCCAAUACUCACCCUCCAACUGGCCCCUUUGUCUCUAGGGCUUUGAAAAACCAGAGAAGUCUUGAUCCAGCCAAUGUCAGGGUCAGAAUCGUGGCUAGAAGGCACCAUUUCACAGCUCACAGCUCACAUCCAGAUUUUUUUUUCAGCCCUCUCCUAUUUUCCCAUUGCAUUCUGGGAGCCCACAUCUGGCUUUUCUCGGGUCACGUUUCAUCCCCAGGGGUCUUGGGAAGGAGACUUGGCUCCUGUCUUCCCAGAUCAAGCCUGCCUGGAAAGGGCAGGAUAGGACUACCUCAUUCGGCACAUCAGCCCAAAGUCAGAGCAUGGGUUGAAUCCUGGUUCCUAGCAGAUCAGGCAUCAGCCCCAAACCCCAAUCCACCCAUCAGCUCAGCCUGCUAGCCUGCUCAAGAAAGCCUCCUACCCCUGCCCUGGCCCACUACCCUGCCCAGGCCUCAGCCAGCUGGGUAGAGACAUCCUGGCUUGCAUCAGAGGCCAGCAGGCACAGAGGGGCUAGCGAGGAUCUAUCUGUAGCCAUGUCCCCUGCACCCUGAGCUAGCCUGGUCACCGCCCUCCCAGAGAUGUCAUCAGGCUGGGACUGUCCCCUAAGGGAUACAGGUCAGGACACAUCAUUGUGAUUCCCCAGAUGACAGGGUUUGGAAUGGCUGUUCCUUGUAUCAGACUGUCUUAGGACUGCUGCGGUAGGUCGUAAACCAUCUCGGGAGUGUCCUGCCACCUGGCCUCCAGCUCCUCCAGCUCCUAGCUCUGUGCUGGGCCCUAUGCCUCCUUUCCUCUGCUCAUCUUCCCCGAAACGUCCUGAGUCCCAUGUAACCAGACAUGCUUCUAGCCCUGGGCCCAGCACCCCCUUCCCCUUCCGUCUUUCCCUCAAAGAGUCUAAAAGUAUUAGCCGAGGGGCCAGGCAGAUGUCCCACAGAGAGCAAAGGGGUGGGGAGGCAGAUGCUGGCUGCAUCCUAAAGCCCAGGGAUCCAUCUUUCUUCAUCUUUCCCAUUGAUGACUAUGAAUUUUGCCCAUCCAUCCCCCAAGGGGGCAGAAUGCUACCAGCACCAGUGUGCGAUCUUUCUCUGUCUGACAUGUUAAUAAUGAAUGACUUAAUGAAUCUUGAAUCUUUCUCCACCUUUUCUGUUGAAUCAGAAUUGCUCUCCCGGUGGUUCCUAUUAGAAAGACACCUAACAUACUAAAGCAAACUAAGCCUUGUCCCUGAUUCUUAUUGAGAUAUCCCCAACCACAGAGACCAGCAUGAAGGAAGGGUUCAUUAAAACCAAGGGUGGGAAGCUGCUUGGAAGAUCUAGGCUGAGCUCAGACUACCAAUAUACUGAUAUACCAGCUACCAAUUUUAGGAUAUUAUUUGUUGGUUUCUUUAUUUUACAAAGGGUGCUCGUGGUCAUUGUAGUAUGGCUUUGUGAGCUAAUUUAUGGAUGCUUGCCAAAUACUCAAAGCCAGUGUGGCUCUGUACUUAAUAACACAGCUGUUUUGAGGGCAAAGUGGCAAUUGUGAUAUUGUCUUCUCAUUCCUGCUAGAGGGGUCCGGAGCCUUCUGAGCUGCCUUGCAUCUUCUGCCUCAGCCUGAGCAGCCUGGGUCUAGACCAGCCCAUUCUGAGAACAUUCUCUCCUCCUCAUCUUCUCCUCGGCUUCUUCACCUAGGCCUUUCUGUUUUACUUUCUUCAUUCUCUGGUUCAUUCAUUGAGCAUUCACUUAAGGUCAGGCAAUGUGCUAAGAAGACAAGGUACGGCUGGAUCAUCUGCGAAGCCCACAAACUCUUGAUCCAUGGAGACUUUCCUUCUCCAAGGAAAUCUUGGUAGUUACCUUCACACUCUCUGCAGAAAAUUUAGGUGUUCAGGGGUUCUCUUGCGUUGAUUCAACUGCAUUCAUUCAUGGUGGGGGGGAGGGAAGGGCUUAGGCUAUGAGAGGAUCUGGCUUGGGUUUCUUCAGGAUGGGUGAGCAUGCGUUGUCCAGGUAGAAAAACAGAUGAAGGCCUUCUGUGUGUGCCCGCCUGGGAGACCUGCUGCACUUAAGCUUUGUCUGUGGGAGCCUGGUUUUAAAUCUCGAAGAUGAAAGCAUUCAAAGUGAGGUCAUUGCCAUGACAACUGCUAGGCAGAGCUACUUGUUACCUUUCAUUUCCUCUAGUGCUUUUGAGUAAGACUAGCAUGCACAGAACAGUGGACGGUAUGCAUCACUGUGCUAAGUGUGGGUCACACCACCCUUCCUACUUCCACUUGACCACCUCCUGACCUAGGUCUAGAAUAGGAGGCUCUGCACUAUUCAUUGGGACUGAUUAAACUGCCAAAGCGAACAGACUGUACAAAUUCAUCCCCGGGGAUUUGUUUCUAUUUCUCUUGUGGACAAA